GAUCUUUACUGUCCAUCUCUUUUCUUUGAGGUCUGUUUGUCUUUGUUUCUUCCUUACCCUAAUAGCUUCUCAAAAAUCACCCGUGCCUUCCUUCUUCGUCCGCCAAUGUCGCCAACAUCUUUUCAGAAUUCGGCCGGCCCUGGCCCUCUUCUCAACCAGCACAGUCGUAGUCCACCUAGUGCCAGUAAUGUCAGCAGCCGUGACCGUCAAGGCACAGCGGAAUCAGAUAUAGAAGCCAGAGAAGAGAACGGUGCCUCUAAAGCUCCACUUCGUAAGAAGCAAAGGAAGCAAAGGCCUGUGUUCAGUUGCGCUGAAUGCAGGAGGCUCAAACUCAAGUGUGAUCGUCAGGUGCCAUGCGAUAACUGCGUCAAGAGACGUUGUCAUUCUAUUUGCCCCGAUGGGGUUCGCGUUACCAGACAGUAUCUCGCAAAUCCUGAUUCCGCUUUGCUUACGCGUCUUGAGCAACUGGAGGGCAUCGUAUCUAGACAUAGAUUGGAUCCCGUCAUUACAGAAGCCGCAUCGGCGAAAGAAACUAACAAAACUCAAACGCCCUCAGGAAUGCAGUUACGCUCCCAACAGGCGACAGGGAAUAUAAAUGGUAGUUCCCGAAGUCGCGGACAGAAUUCUCCUCAUAUGGCUUCGCCUUCUUCUGUGGCCGCUCAGCCUCCAACUAAUCGACCAGAAGAGGCAUCUUCCAGCCUGCAGCAGUCAGAUGAUGAUGACCAUUUGCGAGGAUCUUCUUCAUCAGGCCCUUUUCGGUAUGAUAUGCUAGAAUCCCCGCGUUACGAGCAUCAACCUCAGCCUCAACAUCUACAACAACAUCCACCCCAAACUCACGCGUCAGAUCUGCAGUUCAACACUGUUCGCCCCGGUAAUCCAGAUAUCUCUCACAGGGUAGAAGCAGUUCAUGAGAUUAACAAGAUAGUUCCAUGCGAUGGAUCAAUACGAUUUGAUUUUCCCACGCAUUCUACUUCAUCGACAUCACCCCCCGCAGCCGGCCGUCACAGCGACAGUAACGCUGAACCGCAUAGUCAUCAUCCCCACCAUUUUGGUCCUCCUGUCCUAGCUGAGAAUGUCGAUGUUGAGGAAGAGCAGAGCUAUGGUACUUUGGUGAUGGGACAAGGAGGAACGAGCAAGUACUUGGGGCCGACUGCAGCGAGUGAAUGGUUGAGGGAUCAAGAGACACGAGACCACGCUGAGUCGCGAGAUCAGUCUCGAUUACCAUCUCCUGAGAUCCCAGAGGCAUCGGUGCCCCCACACAAUCUACGCCCCACAGCUGUUCCUCAUUCAUUUCCUUUUCACACUUCAAAGACCAAAGUUGUCUCAUGGUCGAGAUAUGAUCUUCUCUCCAGGCUACCUGAUAGAUACUACGCCGACAUGCUUGUUGACAGUUACUACCGUUCCUUCAGCUGGCAUUACGACAUCUGCCCUCGUUCUGAAUUCCAGCCUGUCUACGAAGAGAUGUAUCUCUUUCGGAUAACAAGCAUCACAUCUCCUCCUGAACCUCUCCAGCGACUUGGCCGAGGCAGGAUGAACUAUCAGGACCUAGGUCUUGUUUUUAUGGUCCUUGCUUUCGGCACAUUGCAUUGUCUUGAACUGGCGCCCAAUGAUCCUACUGCAUACGAGCUGGCUUCUGUAGCUCAGGUCGCUUUGUCAAAAGGCGAUCUUCUGUCGCGACCUUCAAUUUCAGGGCUUCAAGCCUUGCAUAUAUUGGCCCAAUUCAGUAACGAAUCUGAAGAAGGGCGAAAUGGAGAUGCAUCCUGGCCAUUAUGGGGUCUAUCGAUGAGGUUGAUACAGGCGAUGGGUCUUCAUAGGGAUGGUGCCAGAUGGGAUCUUGAUCCAGAACUUGUAGAACAGCGACGCCGAGUAUUUUGGGAAUGCCACAGUGCCGAUAUCUUCCAAGCAAACUGUAACAGUCGGCCUAACACUCUCUGGCCAGGCGUGUAUGACACCGCGUACCCUUCACAACCCCCAAUUCAUAUCGAGAAGGACUAUUAUACUCUGAAGUUUGAGCUCAGUCGCAUAGCUGCAUCAAUCCUCGGCUCAGCAACUAAUGUUCAAGCUCCUCCUUAUUCUACCAUUAUGGAGCUCUCUCGUCAAGUCACUGAUUUCGAGCGUCAGGUACCUUUCAAUCUGCGAUGCCGACAAGCCCUCCAGGCUUUGCCUAGUAUCUAUCCUGAUCCUCAGGCUGCAAUUGACAACAGUCCUGAAAUUAGCUCGAAAGAACUUCAUAAGACUUUUCAGAAAUUUUUCUUGUCCAUCAGCAUCUCCGAAACCCUAUUAUUCCUCCAUCGUCCCUACUUCGUUCGUGCUCUCAUCAGGACCUCUCCCGACCCCUCACAGUCCGUUUACGCGCCUUCAUAUCUCACAGUUGUUGAGAGGUGUAAUGCAAUCGUUCAAUGCGUUGUCACGAUCCAUAAAAUCCAUCGUAACGUUUCAACCCGGCACUGGCCACUAUGGUAUCAUGCUUUCAAUUCUGCCGUCUCAAUGGGUACUCUGAUAUUUAAGUCACCUCAAAAUCCUCUGUCGGAUUUUGCCCUCGGUCUAAUCAACACCGUGAUUGAGGCGUUCACGUCGGCUGUCCAAACGGGCUCUUCUCCCCGCCUGUCCACCAACCUCCAAUGGCUAAUUAGGCUCAGGCGUAGAUGCCAAGACGCUAUUGACAAAUCCAAAUGUGAGAGUGCCGGCCAACAAACAACCAGCGAUAAUAGCACCUUUGCUCUCCGUGAGGGCGAUACUGGCGACAAUAGCGAUCAAGAUGACCCAGAUAACUUUUCUCUUCUUGGUUGGAGGACGAGGUUAAUCCAGCGUGCGGCUUUUGGUGGACAAGUGGCCAAGAUUAUUUCGCAGUCCACGCCAUCGCAGUCAAAUGACAGUUCUCCUCAGAUUAUGUCCUCGAAUAUCAACCUGCUUCCAGACAUCUUGGGUCCUACGAUGGGUGGUUUAACAGGAGCAGGUGUCCUGAAUCCAAUACCGGGAGCCGAGAAUAUAGCGAAUAAGCAGAUGUCAUCGAGUACGAGCACUGCGGGCGAUCAAACUGAGAUUAAUGAAACUUUUACAAAUCAGCUUUUGCAACAAUUCUGGGAGCCGAUGCUGCUACAAGAUGCUCCUAAUGUAGGGGAUAGUACCUGGGACCCAUUCCAGACGGUUAACUGUUGGGAUUGGAACAUGCAUCUUUAUAGGGAAGAAAGGUCUCAUCAAGCGCCCAAUCCAGAUACGCAUGCGUGAAGAAUGUUGUUGUGGUUAUUGGCGAAAUUUGUGUAAUGUUAUCAUUUAUAUAUUGGGUGCGACUGUGUUCGGUAUAAGCAAUGUAUC